AUGAGCCGCUCGAAGGGGCAUAAGCCGACUGAUUCGGCGUCGAAGGAGGUUGACACGGUCAGCCCUGCGACGAAGACUGCCGUCGCGCUCGAGUACGCCUCGUUGCGGCACGCGUCGCACUGUCCACUGGGCGUCUAUGUCGUCCCCUCUCUCGAAAGCCUUCUCCUGUGGGACGCUGUCCUCUUUGUCCAUCAAGGUUACUACAGCGAUGCCGUUCUGAAGUUCCGUCUCGCGUUCCCUCGCAACUAUCCCGAGCGUCCCCCUGUCGUGCAAUUCGUGACGGAUGUAUUCCACCCCCUUGUCGCGCAGGAUGGUAUAUUCAACCUCGCUCCGCGAUUCCGCCCUUGGAGACCAAAGGAACAUCAUGUGUUUGAUGUCUUGUACUGGGUGAAGGCUGCUUUCAAGAAGAAUGCGCUCGAUAGUCUGGAGGAGGGAGACUGCCUGAACAGGGAAGCCUACAGGUGA